GGCUGUUACGUGUCAGUGUGGAGCGCGGUGGAUUGUGGGAGUCCGUCUGAUGGCGGAGUAGAUGGACUGACAGCUCCCGUUUCCAGUCGGGGGUUAUGAUCCGGGUCUGAAAGGCUGGGUGUCGGCAGCUCGUGUCUCCUGGCCUUUGCUUUGGGGGAGGAUCACUGUUCGCCGUCAUGGCUUCAAACACCAGCAGCCCCGAGGCCGUGAAGAAGCUCCUGGAGAACAUGCAGAGUGACCUGCGGGGCCUGUCCAUGGAGUGCAAGAAGAAGUUCCCCCCAGUGAAGGAGGCUGCAGAAUCUGGAAUUGUAAAGGUGAAAAACAUAUCUGCAAGGAGCCCUGACAUACUGACAGCCUUGAAAGAGAACAGUUCUGAAGUAGUGCAGCCAUUCCUCAUGGGAUGUGGAACAAAAGAACCGAAAAUCACUCAGCUGUGCCUUGCUGCCAUUCAGAGGCUUAUGUCACAUGAAGUGGUGUCUGAGGCUGCAGCAGGUAACAUUAUCAACAUGUUAUGGCAGCUUAUGGAGAAUGGUCUGGAAGAACUGAAGCUACUACAAACCGUUCUGGUCCUGUUAACCACCAAUACAGUAGUACACGAUGAUUCGCUUUCCAAGGCAAUUGUUCUUUGUUUUCGACUGCACUUUACAAAAGACAACAUUACCAAUAACACUGCUGCAGCCACUGUGCGACAAGUGGUCACUGUGGUCUUUGAGAGAAUGGUAGCUGAAGAUGAACGGUACAAAGAUAUUCCAGAGCAACCUGUGCCUGUCACCGGGAACACUAACAGAAGAUCUGUCAGCACGCUAAAGCCAUGUGCUAAAGAUGCCUACAUGCUCUUUCAGGACUUAUGCCAGUUAGUAAAUGCCGAUGCACCUUACUGGCUUGUGGGUAUGACUGAAAUGACAAGAACAUUUGGCCUGGAACUUCUUGAGUCUGUUCUACAUGACUUUCCCCAAGUGUUCUUACAGCACCAAGAAUUUAGUUUCCUCCUUAAAGAAAGAGUGUGCCCUCUUGUGAUAAAGCUCUUCUCGCCAAAUAUUAAGUUCCGACAAGGCUCCAGCAGCAACUCUUCUCCAGCUCCUGUAGAAAAGCCAUACUUUCCUAUUUGUAUGCGACUCUUAAGAGUAGUGUCUGUCCUAAUUAAGCAGUUUUAUGGGCUUCUGGUAACAGAAUGUGAAAUCUUCCUGUCACUCUUGGUUAAGUUCCUGGAUGCAGAUAAGCCUCAGUGGUUAAGAGCAGUAGCAGUAGAAUCCAUACACCGACUAUGUGUGCAACCUCAACUGCUAAGGUCUUUUUGUCAGUCCUACGAUAUGAAACCACAUUCUACAAAGGUUUUCCGUGACAUUGUGAAUGCUCUGGGCUCAUUUAUACAGUCACUCUUCCUCAUACCAAGUGCUGGAAUUACGUCAGCGACGGCUAAUCCUACAGCUGGCUCUAGCUCGAUUGCUCCUGCUUCAAAUCAGGCCACAGCUGGAAUGGCAGCCGUCACUGGGAAUGCAACUGUACUUCCUGCUUUUGAGUACAGAGGCACCUGGAUUCCAAUCAUGACUAUUUCCAUUCAAGGCAGUGCUAAGGCUACCUAUCUAGAAAUGCUGGAUAAGGUUGAACCUCCCACCAUCCCUGAAGGUUACGCUAUGUCUGUUGCCUUUCAUUGCUUGCUAGACCUUGUGCGUGGCAUUACCACCAUGAUAGAAGGAGAGAUCGGCCAAGCUGAAACAGAUUCCCAUAUUUCAGCCGAGGAAACUGUGUCUCGUGCGCAAACUAGUGAGCAACCGGACCUCGCAACUGUAUCGGAUCCAGCUGAGAGAGAAACAGAAGUUGGGAGAACAGUAUGGGAGGAAAUGAUCAAUGCAUGCUGGUGCGGCCUACUUGCAGCUCUCUCUCUCCUUCUUGAUGCAAGCACGGAUGAAAGUGCAUCAGAAAACAUCCUGAAAGCAGAAAUGACUAUGGCAGCUCUAUGUGGAAAACUAGGACUUGUGACCCCCAGAGAUGCCUUCAUAACAGCCAUUUGCAAAGGUUCCUUACCACCUCACUAUACCCUCACUGUGCUGAACAGCUCAUCUGCAGCUUUAUGCAACAAAUCUUAUUCCAUUCAGGGGCAGAGUGUUCAGAUGAUAAGCCCCUCGAGUGACUCUCAUCAGCAAGUCGUAGCUGUGGGUCAGCCUCUAGCUUUACAACCACAAGGAACUGUCAUGCUUACUGCUAAAAAUAUCCAGUGUAUGCGGACCCUGCUGAAUCUUGCUCAUUGCCAUGGAGGAUUUUUGGGGACUUCCUGGCAACUUGUCCUGGCAACACUUCAGCAUCUAGUAUGGAUACUUGGAUUGAAGCCUAGCAGUGGUGGAGCUUUAAAACCUGGGAGAGCCGUAGAAGGACCAAGUACGGUUUUGACUACUGCAGUUAUGACAGACUUACCUGUUAUCUCCACAAUCCUGUCACGUCUCUUUGAAAGCUCACAAUAUUUGGAUGAUGUGUCUCUUCAUCACUUAAUCAAUGCUCUCUGUUCAUUGUCUCUGGAAGCCAUGGAUAUGGCGUAUGGAAACAACAAGGAACCUUCACUUUUUGCUGUUGCAAAGCUAUUGGAAACUGGGCUGGUGAAUAUGCAUAGAAUUGAGAUUUUGUGGAGACCUCUCACUGGGCAUUUAAUAGAGGUUUGUCAGCAUCCAAAUGCUAGAAUGAGAGAAUGGGGUGCGGAAGCAUUAACAUCUCUGAUUAAAGCAGGACUGGCCUUCAAACAUGAGCCACUCCUUUCACAAAAUCAGAGACUACAGUUGCUCUUAUUAAAUCCGCUGAAAGAACUUUCAAACAUUGUCCACCAUGAUAUUCGGCUGAAGCAGCUGGAGUGUGUGCUGCAGAUCCUGCAAAGCCAGGGAGAUAGUCUUGGUCCUGGGUGGCCUCUUGUGCUUGGAGUUAUAGGAGCAAUUCGGAAUGAUCAAGGGGAAUCUUUAAUACGGACUUCAUUCCAGUGCCUUCAGUUGGUUGUAACAGACUUUCUACCGACAAUGCCUUGCACUUGCCUGCAGAUAGUUGUAGAAGUGGCUGGAAGCUUUGGGCUUCAGAAUCAAGAACUAAAUAUUAGUUUAACAUCUAUUGGUUUGCUGUGGAAUAUAUCUGAUUACUUCUUCCAAAGAGGAGAAACUAUAGAGAAAGAACUGAAUAGAGAAGAAGAUAUCCUGCAGAGGCAGGCAAAAGAGAAAGGGGUGGCUUUAAAUCGUCCUUUCCACCCAGCACCCCCAUUUGAUUGCUUGUGGCUGUGUCUGUAUGCCAAACUGGGAGAACUGUGUGUAGACACGCGCCCUGCAGUUCGGAAAAGCGCCGGGCAGACCUUAUUCUCUACAAUAGGGGCCCACGGAACUCUACUGCAGCACGCUACGUGGCACACUGUUAUAUGGAAGGUCCUAUUUCACCUGCUGGAUCAGGUUCGAGAGUCUUCUACUACAGCAGACAAAGAGAAGAUUGAGUCUGGAGGUGGCAAUAUCUUAAUCCAUCACUCUAGGGACACAGCAGAGAAACAGUGGGCAGAAACGUGGGUACUAACACUAGCAGGUGUGGCACGGAUAUUUAACACUAGAAGAUAUUUACUCCAGUCUCUAGGUGAUUUUUCCAAGGCCUGGGAUGUCCUGCUGGAUCACAUUCAGUCUGCAGCUCUGAGCAAAAACAAUGAGGUCUCCUUAGCUGCAUUAAAAAGCUUCCAGGAAAUCCUGCAAAUAGUUAGCCCUACUAGGGAACCUGAUAAACCUGAUUCACUGCCCGGAGUAACAGUAGCUGUUCCUGUUCAGAUCGGCCCAGUUACCGCAGCUGGACCGGGGAGACCAUUAACAAGAGCAGAUUCCACAGGAGAAAGACUCAGCAGAUACAAUAGUUGUGAGCAGCCCAUCGCCAUGGAUGAGAUUGAAGACUCUGCUUUGUGGUGGGCAGCAUGGAACACUUGGUACCAGAUCGGCACGGAGAGCACCAAGCCACCUGCUACUUCUGACAAACUGGCAUUUAUCCCAAGUCAACCUUUUCUUACAGCUUUAAUUCAGAUUUUCCCAGCACUUUAUCAUCAUAUUAAAACUGCUUUUAGCAUGGAAGACCUACAAAAGCUGGGAGUUAUAUUACAUGGGGCUGUAUCAGUGCCUAUAAGCUCAGACGCCUCUCCUUUCAUCCUCCCCUCUUAUACUGAAGCAGUGUUGACAAGCCUGCAAGAGUCUGUGCUUACAGCUUUGGAUGUCUUACAAAAGGCAAUCUGCAUAGGCCCUGAAAACAUGCAGAUUAUGUACCCAGCAAUCUUUGAACAGCUCUCUGCAUUUGUUCAAUUCUCGUGCAAACCUCCCCAGUAUGGAAAGUUGGAAACCAAACACGUUGCAAAUGCAAAAUAUAACCAGAUCCAACUAUUUGCACCGGCAGAGUGGGUGGCUUUAAAUUAUGUACCUUUUGCCGAGAAAUCUUUAGAAGUUAUGGUGGAUCUGUACCAGAAAACCGCAUGCCAUAAAGCAGUAGUGAAUGAGAAGGUUCUCCAGAAUGUGAUUAAGACUUUAAGGGUACCUCUCAGCUUAAAAUACGCCUGUCCUUCAGAAAGCACUUGGAAAUUGGCAGUAACGUCCCUCCUUAAAGUUCUCUCAGUGGGGUUACCUGUAGCGAGGCAGCACGCAUCUUCUGGGAAAUUUGAAGGCAUGUGGCCGGAAUUGGCCAAUACGUUUGAAGACUUUCUAUUUACAAAAAGCACAGCGCCAGAUAAUCUUUCAAUUGAAGAGUUUCAAAGAAAUGAGAGCAUUGAUGUUGAGGUAGUACAGCUUAUCAGCACAGAGAUACUGCCCUACGCCAACUUUAUUCCAAAAGAUUUUGUGGGUAAAAUCAUGACUAUGCUUAACAAAGGCUCCAUACAUUCACAGUCAUCAUCAUUUACUGAAGCCGAAAUAGACAUUAGGAUGCGAGAAGAGUUUUCAAAAGUGUGCUUUGAGACAUUACUCCAGUUCUCAUUUAGCAAUAAAGUAACAACCCCACAGGAAGGAUAUAUCUCUAGAAUGGCGCUUUCUGUGCUUUUAAAAAGGUCUCAAGAUGUCCUGCACCGUUACAUAGACGACGAAAGGCUGAGUGGUAAAUGUCCAUUGCCUAGGCAGCGUGUAACAGAAAUUAUAUUUGUUUUAAAGGCUGUCAGCACCCUUAUAGAUUCUCUCAAGAAAACCCACCCAGAUAAUGUUGAUGGUAACACCUGGGCUCAGGUAAUCUCUUUGUAUCCUACCCUUGUGGAAUGCAUCACGUGUUCGUCCUCGGAGGUGUGUACAGCUCUUAAAGAAGCUUUAGUUCCAUUUAAGGACUUCAUGCAUCCACCAGCAGCCAAGGUCCAGAAUGGAGAGUCAUGACCGGGGGCUUCAAACUGACCGAAAAAAAAAUGACAAAAAUCCAGCCCCAGUGAAUGUCUCUUCCUAAGUGAAAUUAUUUUUCAAAGGGACAACUUUUCAUGGACUACAACAAGAAGCCAGCCAUGACCUCCUUUUAAAUAUAAAAAUGAGCUCAGUAAUUCAUAAAUACAAGCUUACACCUCAGUCAAUGUUCCAGAGUGAGUAGAAACAUGGACUUUUUCUGAAUAGAAGUUGAUUAGAUGAAUCAAAUUAUAAUUUUUGUGUUGAAGCUGAAGAGGUGAGGUGGUACACGACGGUGGGCUAUUAUAAAGUGUAUGGGGUUGUUUGAUGUAUUAAACAAAGUAUUACAUUUCAGUCAACCUUAGUAGACUGCUGUUUGAUUCCUCUGAAAGUACAACACGUACUUUAUUUUAUGCAAGACAGUACUUUAACAUUCCAUAUUUUUUUGUUAGCAGCCUUUGUAAACCAAGAGAACUGACAUAUUUGUGUGUAAAAUAAAUGGUACAGUUCUGUAAUAAAUUGUCCCAUUUAUUAUUUAAAAAUAAUUUUUGGUACAGGCAGUGUUGAAAUGCACAAUAAAAUCUUUGUAGUGAUCUAGUAAAAUGUAUAGAGGCAUACUUCGUUAUUGAUGUGCCUCCUUUAAUGGGUGCAUAUUGUUAUCCAUAUCUGUGAACACUCAUAAAUAUAUUCAUUUGAAUGUAUCUUGUUUGCAUUUGAAAUGCAGUGGUUCAUGAUAUGAAUAUUAAAAGCACAAUGAUC